AUGUUAUCUCAUUUAGAAGAAGAUAUUAAUAGAAAAAUAGCCGUGGAACAAAAUAUCAUUCAAGGUGCUACAAAUCUUAAGAAAAAGACUGAUAAUUCCAUGGUUAUUCAAAAAUGUAAUACAAAUAUCAGAGAGGCACGUCAGAAUAUUGAAUAUUUACAUGAGACUUUAAGAAAACUGCGUGUAAGUGAUCAACCUAAUGAUGAAAUUCCGAAGGACAAGCCGAAAGAAUACGGCUAUUUAUCGACUAUUUCUCCAAAUGAGCAUAUGUUUUCACGUCUAGAUUUAGUUAAGUACGAUUGUCCAUCUUUAUCACAAAGGAUUCAGUACAUGUUACAACAACUGGAGUUUAAGCUUCAGGUAGAAAAACAAUAUCAGGAAGCUAAUGCAAAAUUGACGAAGCUAUACCAGAUCGAUGGAGAUGCACGUAGUAGUUCUGCGGCACAAGGUGGCGCUUUUGAGUCAAAACACAGGAUUAUAAUGUUAAAGAGGGCUUUAAAAAAAUAUCAGGCAAUCAAUGUCGAUUUGGAUCAAUACAAGCAUCACGAUCAGGAAUUCCUUAAUCACGCUCAGCCAAAAUUCAGAAGGAAACCGUUAACUGGGGUACUUAAUAUAGGAAUUACAGCUAUAAGGGAUGUGGACCAUAUUCAAUCCCCAAUGUUUGCUAAAUCUCCAGAAACCUUUAUCACAUUUAAAAUCGAUGACACCAUAAAAGCUCAAAGUAAACUUUCGAGAAAUGAUAGAUGGAACGACGAAUUUCAGAUACAGGUCAGCAAAGGUAAUGAGGUUGAGAUUACCGUCUAUGAUAAAGUGAAUGACGUUGUAACUCCAGUUGCUAUUAUGUGGCUGUUAUUGUCUGACAUUGUCGAAGAGAUCCGUAAGAAAAAAGCUAGUCAAACAAACGGCGAACAAAGGUGGGUGAGUGCAUCUAAUAUUGUCAGCACGGAAAGUGCGCGAAGUUCACAUGAUCACUUAAAUAAUGAUAAUAGAAUGUUUACUGCAGAAACUUCUGGAAUUACAGAUCCAGCUACUCAGGCAAAUAUGGGUAAUCAAAUUACGACAAGCCAAUGGUUCGUUCUUGAGCCAGCUGGUCAAAUUUUGUUGAAUUUAGGGUUUUACAAGACAUCUCAGCCUCAAAGAAAGCACGUUAUGGGUGGGUUACAUCGUCAUGGUGCCAUCAUAAAUAGGAAAGAAGAAAUAUUUGAACAACAUGGGCAUCAUUUCGUGCAAAAGUCUUUUUACAAUAUUAUGUGUUGUGCCUACUGUGGUGAUUUCCUUAGAUAUUCCGGCUUCCAGUGUCAAGAUUGUAAGUUCUUAUGUCAUAAAAAAUGUUACACUAAUGUUGUAACAAAAUGCAUUGCCAAAACUUCGAAUGACGUCGAUCCUAACGAGGCAAAAUUGAAUCACCGCAUUCCUCAUAGAUUCGAACCUUCAUCAAACCGUGGUACUAAAUGGUGCUGUCACUGUGGUUAUAUCUUGCCAUGGGGUAAGCAGAAGGUUCGUAAAUGUAGCGAAUGUGGCAUCAUGUGUCAUGCUCAAUGUGCUCAUUUGGUACCCGAUUUCUGCGGUAUGUCUAUGGAAAUGGCUAACAGAAUUCUCAAGACUAUUCAAGACGCUAAACGUACUCAAGAGCAAAAAAGGAGAUUACCACCAUCAUCACGCACCGCAUCAACUCAUGCAAAGGGUCUGAACGCCUCUCCUAACAAAUCUGUUAAUGAGUCACGUCAUUCUGUCUUCUUGGAAGGGAAUGAAAAGGAAGACCAACAUAUUACAUCAGAAUUCAGCGAGACUCCUUUGAAUUUCAUUUCAAAGCAAGAACAAUCUCGCCCCGACGACAAACCUCAAAAUAGGGUUGGUGCAACUGAUAGAUUGAAUGAUUAUAUAGGUGAAAAUGAGGCAUAUCUGAAUUUUACCAAUAAUGCACAAAAUAAUGAAGGGUCAGACCAGUCUUCGGCAUUUACUAGAACAUUAGAUCCAUCUAUAAAUGAUGGUGAACCAAAUACAAUGGUUUCUGAGUUGGGUCAUGAUGACGAAGAAUAUAAACAAAACCUGUAUAACGAGAAAUCUAGAUUAUGGGAGAAGCAACGUAACGAAAUGGAAAUUGAACUGGAAAAUGAAAGGAAGCAAAUUCAGCAAUAUGCUGAAGAAAAUUUAGAAAGGGAAUUGAAGUAUCGUGGUAAAAUUUCUUUAGAAACUCGCGAAGAGUACGAAGAGCUGCUCGUUCCAGAUGGUUACGAGGCUGGUAAUGUCACAGUAGAGACCACCCAUUCUAAUCCAUUCCGUGAUAUGAAUGAGCGGACUUUCCAAAUGGAACAGCAAAACCUCGUUCAAGAAGCCAUCGAGAAAGUAACAACCUCACCGCAUAAGGACACUCCCCUUCCUAACGAAGAGGAGGUAUACUUACAAAAGACGGCGAUUAAACAUAAAAAGAAGAGCAGUAAACGUAGAAAGGUUUCUUUGGAUAACUUUAUUUUACUGAAGGUUUUAGGUAAAGGUAACUUCGGUAAGGUUAUUCUCUCAAAAUCCAAAAAUACAGGCCGCUUAUGUGCUAUCAAGGUUUUGAAGAAGGACAACAUAAUUCAAAAUCAUGAUAUAGAAAGUGCUAGAGCAGAGAAGAAAGUUUUAUUGUUGGCUACAAAGACUAAACACCCUUUUUUGACCAACUUAUAUUGUUCUUUCCAAACGGAAAAUCGUAUUUAUUUUGCCAUGGAAUUUAUUGGUGGGGGUGAUUUGAUGUGGCACGUACAAAACCAAAGAUUAUCUGUAAGGAGAGCCAAGUUUUAUGCUGCUGAAGUUCUGUUAGCAUUGAAGUACUUCCAUGACAAUGGUGUUAUUUACCGUGAUCUGAAAUUAGAAAAUAUUUUGUUAACACCACAGGGCCAUAUAAAGAUAGCCGAUUAUGGGUUAUGUAAAGAUGAAAUGUGGUACGGAAAUAAGACAUCGACAUUCUGUGGUACUCCAGAAUUCAUGGCGCCAGAAAUUUUGAAAGAUCAAGAAUACACCAGGGCGGUUGAUUGGUGGGCAUUUGGUGUAUUACUAUAUCAAAUGUUGCUUUGUCAAUCCCCAUUCUCUGGAGAUGAUGAAGAUGAAGUUUUUAAUGCUAUUCUGACAGAUGAGCCUCUUUACCCGAUCGAUAUGGCAGGUGACAUUGUGCAAAUAUUCCAAGGGUUAUUGACGAAGGAUCCUCAAAGCCGUCUUGGCGGCGGUCCUCGCGAUGCCUUGGAGGUCAUGGAAGAACCAUUUUUCCAUAAUAUCAACUUUGAUGACAUACUGCAUCUAAGGGUGCAGCCACCAUAUAUUCCAGAUAUCAAAUCGGCAGAGGACACAUCAUACUUUGAACAGGAAUUUACGUCUGCUCCUCCUACUUUAACACCAUUACCGUCUGUCCUAACUACCAGCCAGCAAGAGGAAUUCCGUGGCUUCUCAUUCAUGCCAGAAGACUUGGAGCUCUGA